AGAAGAUGGCAAGAGAAGCAUAGGUUGGGAAUGGGAUUGCAGAGCUUGCCGCAAGAGAAGAUGGAUAACGUGGUUCAGAUUAUAAGGAAGAGGAAUGGGCAUUUGAGCCAGGAUGGGGAUGAGAUUGAACUUGAUAUCGAGGCAAUGGAUACUGAAACACUGUGGGAGUUGGAUCGAUUCGUCACUAAUUACAAGAAGAUGGCCAGCAAGAUAAGGCGGCAAGCAUUGUUGGCGAACAAUGUGGUAUCUAAUGGCACCGAUAGGGGGGAGAUAACUAUGAAGAAAAUUGAAGCUCCAGUGGAGAUGAAGAAACCCAAGAAAGCGGAUGCUGGCGAGGAAGAUGUAGAUAUUGGGGAUGAAAUGCUAAUGAGUAGUUUCCCACCCGUCGAGAUUGAGAAGGACAACGAUCGUGCUAGUAGCAGUUCUAGUGACCCCAGCAGCUCGAGCAGUGGUUCAUCAUCUUCAAGUGAUUCGGAUUCUGGGUCUUCUUCAGGAAGUGAUUACGAUGCAGAUGACAGACAGUCUUAAAAGCUCGGAUUGAAGGAUUGGUUAUUCAUUUCCGAACCUUGUGAGGUGUGGUUUUGGGGAAAUCCGGUGCUUGAGAUGGGGUUGGAACCCUGGUACUCAAUUUUUUCUCCGAGGCAUCUACCAUCCUAUCUUUUGUUUAUUGGUUGGUGGCAUGCAAGCGUGGUAUAUGGAAACAGACUGGAAUACCGGCGUCAGCCUCUUUGGGGUCAUACGCUGAGAGGCGGCAACAGCCUUGGCUUGUGAACAUUACAUAUAUUGGAGCAACCACCUAAUAAAGCAAAAGUGUGAUUCCAAUGCAUGCGCUCGGUUCCGGGUUAACCAUUGCCGUGUCUAGAGAAGGUUAGCAUCUCUUGUCAUCUGCCUUUGCUUAAGAGACGACGUUGAUGAAAACUGACUGCCAGUAUGGGAUUUGGAAGCCCUAUUCGAAGUGAUGAUUCAGAUAUAUAUGUUAUAUGCAGAACUUAGUUUUUGUUGUA